AUGGCGGCCGGCGACGUGGGGAUGGUGGUGGUCGCCCCCGCCGCGUCGUUCCACCACACGCACCACCAUCACCACCACCACGACGCGGCCGCCGCGGCGGCUGCCUCCGACGCCAUCUUCCCGCUGCUCUCCGCGGGCCCCUGCGUGCUCGACCCCGAGGCGGCCAAGGCGGCCGCCGCCAGCGGCGGCAUCCAGUUCUGGCAGUCCGCGCAGCACCAUCAGCAGCAGCACUCGCCGUCGGCGGCGGGCGGCGGUGGCGGCAACCCUAACCCUAGCCCGGGCCCCUUCUACUUUAAGAAGCCCGUCCAGAUGCUCGACGCCGGCGGCGACGGGUCCUCCGGGUCGGGCACCACCACCUGCCAGGACUGCGGCAACCAGGCCAAGAAGGACUGCACCCACAGCCGGUGCCGCACCUGCUGCAAGAGCCGCGGCUUCGACUGCUCCACGCACGUCAAGAGCACCUGGGUCCCCGCCGCCCGCCGCCGCGAGCGCCAGCACCUCGGCGGCUCCGGCUCGUCCCCCGCCAACGCCUCCACCGCCGCCGGAUCGAAGAAGCCUCGCCUCCUCUCCUCCCAGCAGGCCACCACCUCGCACACCUCCACCUCCAACGCCACCACGCCGCGCAGCUACGACACCACCUCCAGCCAUCAAGACGCGUCGUUCAGGGGGUACCUGCCGCGGCAGGUGCGCGCGCCGGCGGUGUUCAGGUGCGUGCGCGUGACGUCCGUCGACGACGGCGAGGACGAGUACGCGUACCAGGCCACGGUGACCAUCAACGGCCACGUCUUCAAGGGCUUCCUCUACGACCAGGGCGUCGACGACGGCCGCGCCAGCAAUGACAUGGACUCGAGCACCGGCGGCGCCGUGCCCAACAUGUCCGAGCUCCACCUCGGGGGCGGCGGCGGCAAUGCCGCGAGGGGAGGUGGGGGGUCCUCCUCGAUGGCGCCCUCCGACAUGUACGGCGGCGGUGGCGCCGGAGGAGCAGGCGGAGGGGGAGGAGGCCAGCAGCACAUACUUGGCGGCGGGUCCAGCUAUGGUAACACCAUGAACUGA